AUGGUUCAAACAGGCCAUGCCGUUGCCGUCGCCUUCGCUCUGAACAUCGCUGCCGGAGCCGCCACGAUUCUGGGCGGUAUGGUCAUCUUCAGCAAGCGUCUCGUGUACCUGGCCAACUCAUUGAGCUUAGCCGUCGCUCUCAGCAUUUCCUCGGGUGUGAUGAUGUUCAUCUCGUUGGUCGAAAUCUUCGGCGAGUCGGUGAACUUGCUGACGGAAGGGCUUCAUACCGAAGACAUGACGGAGGAGACGGCUACGGGUCACGCCUGGCUCGUCGCAACGGGAUGUUUUGCAGUCGGCAUCGCCCUCAUCUACGCAAUUGACGUCGCGGUGCACAAGUUGUCGCCCGAACACGAGAUUACGGAGAUCGAGAACCUGGGAGAAGUCCGCGAAUCGAUGGAUCAGUUUGAAAGCGAAAAGAAGAUGAGCUCCAAAACCUCAACACCUGCUCUUGCUAUUGGCAUCCACAACCUGCCCGAGGGAAUCGCCACCUCCGUCGGUGCUAUUCAGAACUCCUCCGUUGGUUUCUCACUUGCUGUCGGUAUUGGUCUUCACAACAUUCCCGAAGGAAUCGCUCCCAUUGGCGGACUCAUCGCGUGGUUGGCAAUUGGUGACGGGAUGGAUCCAGUUUCAGAGGGAAUUCUGUUUGGAAUCGUUUGUGGCAUCAUGGUGUGCAUCUGCAUCAAGGAGCUGAUCCCCACAUCGUACAAGUUCGCCAAGGACAAGACACAUGUUGUCGCAGUGGGCAUGUUCGCAGGCAUGUUUAUCAUGGUGGCCAGUCUUACGCUCUUCGGCUAUGCUGGCGUGUAA